AAUCGUAGUGAAUUUACUAGUCAUUUUUUCCGUGCAAGUUUCCUUUCAAAGCUCCCCAGUUGAACCACACAUCAGAAGAGAAUAAUCCCAUUUCCCAAAUAGAAUAAUUCCAUCAUCAAAAUCUUCUCCUCUGACUAUUCCCAUCAAGAAAACCCGCAAAUCACCAAUUUCAAAGAAAAAACCCCAGUACCAAAUUCGAACAAAAAUGGCAAAAACAGAUGAAAUUCACACCAUUUCUUUAUCAUUCACUGAUUUCCCAGAAGAUGUGCAGCUCUGUAUCCUCUCAUUCCUUACUCCAUCAGAUAUCUCCAAUUUCGCCUGCACUUCAAAGCGCUUUGUUUCUCUCUGCCGUGAUGAUCCAAGACUCUGGUUUUCCAUGUGUCACCGCAAAUGGGGAUCCAAAACCCAGAUUAACAAAUGGGGUAGUGGUAAGAUCUCGUACAAGCUUCUUUACAAUACCCUUUUGGAGUAUGAGAAUCUCAUUGGGUUCUGGCGCCGUAGUGGUGCUGAAUCUGAUUCCCCGUUGAUCUUUUUCGAGUGGGGUCCGUUUCAUAUAGCUGGUUCGAGGGUGAAACCCUCGAGAACUGGUACUUAUGAAGUGAUAAAGUUGCCAUUUUUAUGGAUGGGUAUUACCUCUAAGGGUGAAAUUGUUAAUUAUCUUGACCCUGUGGGGAAGGUGGAGUUAUCAGAAAAUGUGAUGAAUUUAGAUGAUUUGGGUUUUGCUGAGAGUGAAUUGGUUCCAGUGAAUGUGAAUUUUGUGGGAAGAACUCAUGUUGUUGUGGAAGAAAAUGGUACUGCAUUUGGGUACUCUUGUAAUUCUCCACAGAAUAGAGGAUUUAAGAAUGUUUCAAGCUCAGGGAAUAUAAGGGAAGAGGAGUACGAGGAUUUAUGUGUGUCCCCUGGGAGUUUACCGGACAGGUUGAUGUCUGAUAUUUAUCAAUAUUUUGCAAACAAGACAAGUCCUGGUGGAAAUGGGUCGGCGAGGAGGCAGAGAAGGAGGGAGAGGGAAAGGCAGGGAAGAAGGAAGUGGGAGCCUGAAGAUUAUGUGAAAAUAGUGAAUUGUUCACCUACACCAGCCAGGCCUUUGCAGGGCUUGUGGAAGGGAUUCUGCGAUGACAUGACUUUAGAGUUCUUCCUUGUCUCAUAUGAUGAUAUUGGUGGCAUUGCUUGCAGAAGGCUUGUGGAAUUAUGUAAACCUUUCUCUGCCUAUGCCCCAGUAUUUUGGACUUCCAAUUCUACAUUCAUUGAGUCGCCUUUAUCUUCAGAAGAAGAAAACAUAUAUGAGAGUCGCAUGCAUAUUCGGCCCCUUGCUGAAGCUGAUGACCUAUGUGAGAUUCUGCCUAGUGUUGAUAAGAGAGUAAUUUUGUGCAUGCUUUGCAUGAACUCAAGCUACGACUUGGUUAUUCCUGAUUUGGCAGGAAGCACUGUAAAUCCUAGGCAGGCGGAGGGAAGAAUUUGGCAGUAUGAAAAUGGGACCUUUGGGUUUGGGUUUCUGCGAGACAAUUACGUUAUAGACUUGAGAUGUAUUGCUCAGGAUGGUCAGAUAUUGGAGGCAGCAGAUAUUUCUGGUGAAUGAUCUUGCUGUGUACAUUAAUAGACAAAAGAGAGAAAAUGCAGCAGCAAUUUUCUAUUUAUAUUCUUUGUACAUAUUUAUGCUGGGAAGAUUCUGCUUCUGUUGUAACAUUUCGUGACAACUAUACAUUGUUUUCAAUGUAACCUAGUUAUUCUCAAGCUUCCUUUUCUGUGAAUGGAUUUGACUCUUUUCCUACUAUUUAUACUUUCCCUUUUGGAUUCUUUCAGUUUCAUUUUGACAUGGCAGAGUGUAAAGACGAUUAGCUGAUUGAACUUUGAUACACUGAUUAAUCAGCAUUGAAAGUUUUCAUUGUGUGUGUAGCAUAUUACAUCUUUGUUCCCUUUCCCA